CUUGAUGUGGGUGUGGACACUUGCACAGAUGACUACACAAAUAAUGGAGGAGAAGCUACACUAGUGUUCCUUCUACAAGUUAGAAAAAUAGUUCAAAAUCACGUCGUAGCUUCAAGUUUCCCUCCUGGUUGCAGAUUGUAGGUGGGAUGCUGUGUCAGAAUGGGAAAUCUUUUUGGAAAAAAGAAACAGACCCGAGUGACAGAACAAGACAAAGCGAUUUUGCAACUGAAACAGCAAAGAGAUAAACUGAGGCAGUAUCAGAAGAGGAUCAACCUGCAGCUGGAGAAGGAGAGACUUUUAGCCAAACAGCUGCUGAAAGAUGGCAAAAAAGAGAAAGCACUCCUCUUGCUGAAAAAGAAGCGCUACCAAGACCAACUUCUAGACAAGACAGAGAACCAGAUAAGCAACUUGGAGCGUAUGGUUCAAGACCUGGAGUUUGCCCAGAUUGAGAGGAAAGUUAUUGAUGGGUUGAAGGUUGGAAAUGAAUGUCUGAAAAAGAUGCACGAGGUGAUGUCCAUUGAAGAAGUAGAACGGAUCAUGGAUGAAACUCAAGAUGCCAUUGAGUACCAAAGGCAAAUAGACGACAUGCUGGCUGGCUCUUUAUCACAAGAAGAUGAAGAUGCUGUACUGGCUGAGCUGGAGGCCAUUACUCAGGGAGACGUGGAGCUUCCUGAGGUUCCUUCAGACAAGCUGCCAGAAGUUCCAGAGGCCACAGAGGACAAGCCAGAGAGGGAACGCCCCAGAAAGAAACCAGAGCGAGAGCUGCUCGCUGCUUAAGAACAUGACUGACCUCGGCUGCUGGUCCUCCUCCACAACACUCGAGUCCCACCACGAGAACCAACGACCACACGUUUUGCUGCGGACCUCUCUCCUCCUCGAGGUCUGUGAUAAAGUGACAGCAGCCUCUUUCAGAUACUGAGCUUCCUCCAUAUCGUCCAGUCACUGUUUGUCCUCGUCUGCUGCAGGCUGACACAUGAAGGCAGUCAGGACUGGUCCACCGCUGCAACCUUCAAGAAAAAUGCUGAUUUGAACCAUGAAGACCUGUGAGAUUUAGAUAACUGUGCCUGACCUUUGUUUUUUUUUGUUUUCUUUUUCUAUGUUCACCACUAAAUCAUUUUAUAUACACUGACUUAACUUAACUGCAUGUAUAUGUCACGCAUUGUAAUUCAUCAUAUGGUCUCUGGCUAUAUCUUCUGGGUGGGGUUAACAGCUUACAGCCUUAGAAUUCACUCAAAUCACAAAGAGACAUAUUUGCUCACUUACAUCUAGUUUUACUUUGGUUUUAUCUCCCUGCCUCCUCCUCAGUACAGUGGAGCUGAGUGGAAGGAAUGAAGGAACCUUAAAAUGACAUUUUAAAAACAUAGCAGCAACAUCUCUUUCAAGAAACAAUGUCCCUGUUACUCUAACUAAUCCACAGACCUCACUGUCAGCAUUUUUCACUGGGACACUUUCUACUGAAGAAAUAUGGUUUGAAAUCCAACUGAAAUGAAAUAGCUUUUUCUAGCAUACAUAUCUGCUCUGUGUUCUCCCAUGAGGAAAAAAAAAAAUCAGAAACCAAAAGUGAGACAUUUAUAUUUAAUAUGUCUGUUGGUUUCAUGCAUUAACUCACCAGAAUAAUGUGAGUUCUUUGUCUAUAAAGAUGGUUAAAGUUCCCAAAGUCUUUUUGUUCCUUUUUGAUAAUGAAAAAAAAAAAAAAAUAUAUCUGCAAUAAAUUUUAAAAACCACUGACAUCAUUUUUAGCUGCAAAAAGAUGAUGAAAGUGUUUUCAGGUGGAUUUAAAAUCUGGGAAAAAUAAACCCAAGGAUAGAGUAAUAAUAUGUUUUCUUGUUAUUUGGGUGAACUGACGCUUUAAGGCAGGCAAGGAUGCAGACAUAACCUGUGCUCUGUAAAGUUUGCCAUUGGUCUUGUCUGUCUCAGCCGCCCAGCUGGCGAGCUUUGCCUUCACACGAGUUAUUUGACCCACCUUGGAAUUGUUUCUCAAGUACUGAAACAUUUGCAUAAGCAUCUGUUUCAUAGAAUAUUCUCCCAGUCUGACCCCUUUUCAAGCAGCUUAACUAAUCUAAUUUUGUGCUCCCCUUGUGGAUUAGUUCAGUGUCAGUGGAGAAAGGGCUAAUCAUAUCGUGUGUGGGUUUACCUCUGAAGCCCAGACAACAGUCGUUAAUCUCUUCAAGGUAAUAACUUGACGCAACCUGGAUCUUUACCCACCGAGUAUUAUCAGCGCAGGAGCCUGUAAUUAUUUUAAUGUGCAUAUCACGCUCAGAUUUGCUUGUGUAGAUCUGUGUUAAACUACAGCAAGAAUGAUGGCCUACAUUCACAAGGCUUAAGCUUGUGUAUCUUUGAAGAUCCAUCUAACUAAUCUGUAAAUCAGUUAAUCUCGCUGACAGAAAACACAGAUGACUAAUGCUGUCGUCAUUUCAUCAGUGCUGCAUCAAAGUCAUCAUCUUAAAAUUGGUUUGGAAAUUGUACCUCUCUCUGCACAUUCUUUUUACAAUAAAAUUAUGUGUUUUUUUUUAA